AUGCUCAACAAAUGCCUUGCUGAUACAUGCGAAAAUGCAACCAACAUAAAGAAUGAUUAUUGUGCAGAAAUUGGCAAGCAUAAGACCGCAAAAACAAAAUAUCGCGAUGACUCUUUCCUCCCUAAUACACCAUACAAACCUGUAGACAAACCGAUCUUCAGUGGUGCUGUUUGGGAGCGUGCAGAGAAGAUUUAUGAACAAUACACUAAUACUGAGAUCAAAAAUUCAGAAAUACACAGAGGUUUACUUAAAGAUGAUGCAUUAAUUGCAGUCUUAAGUGUGAUGAUGACAGAAAACAAAAAAAUCAUGCAGUGGUUCGAAACACCUCUGGAAUUGACCACAGGCAUUAUCUGUGUAAAGAUUCCAUUCAGAAGCCAAAUCGCACAUGUUGUUGUUGACUCCAAAGUUCCAAAAGCAGAUGGCAAACACUUACUUUCUAAGCCAUCUCGUGGUGGUUUUCCAUGGAGUGCUUACAUAGAAAAAGCUCUUGCAAAGCUUCUUGGAUCUUUUCGCGCAGUUGAGAAGUUAACAGUUAAAGAACUUUUAUAUUCGAUCUUCAACUACACAUCCCGCACAAUUGUCAGCUCCAAUUUGGACAACCGUAUUUUCGAAGAUGUGUCAACACUCAUCAAACAGAAUACACAAGCCUUCUGCAUUGUUGGCAAUUGCAAGGAUGCUAAUGACGUUGGUUUCAACCAAGAAAAUGUCUUCUUAGUCAAUUCAAUCACUUGCCAAAACAAAGAAUACUAUGCUCUUCUCUAUAAUCCAGGUGGCAAGCGCCGCUUCGUUUCUACCUUCGAAGAAAGACUUGAUCGCUGGAAAGGAGAAGCCAAAUUCCCGAAGGUCAAGGAUGAUGCUUUUGUUAUUCGUUCCGCAGCCAUUCAGAAGUACACACAAUACAUUUUACUUGCAUCUCCAACCAUCAAGAGCCAAAAUGAAAGUAACAUUUCCACAGAAAUCAAAGAAGGCGAACUUUUACCAGAAAAAUCGUUCAAGCUCAAGUCAGACAAAUUCGCUAACAUCUCAUUCAUCGUAGAAUGUUCCGAAUCCAUACCGCACGACGUCAUUAUCCUUGAAAACGAUCGUCUUAAAACACAUAUCGUUACAGGAGACUCAAUUGAGUUCUUUACUGUUCGUACAGACCCAGAGAAGCAGUAUACACUCUUCUUUAUGGCCGAAAAAGCUUGCAAGAUCAACGCAAACUUCAAUGCUGAAUCAGCUUUCACCGUACAAGAGGAAAACUUCGUCAACAACCCAUUACAGAAAAUCGGCUACGGCUACUUAACAUCCAGUAAGCACGAUGGCCGCACACCUCAAGCUCCAAGUAAUAUCGGACAUAUCCAGCAGUGGAGACUUAAAGUUUCAGAGCCAUGCAAGCUCAAUUUCCGCGUCAUUAAUAAGACAUACUGCGAUGCAAAGCACUUCUUCUUCAUCGCUCAAACAGGUGGAGAAAAACUUAGAACAUGCGGCGAAUUUUUCUACCAAGAACAUUGCAUAGAAGGUAACGAGCUCGAUGGCGAAUGGUCAGUUGACAUCACAGAUGUAUCAAAGGACUACGUUUUCGGUUGUUACAGAAAUGCAUGUUCAGUUACUACUUUUUAUGACUUUGAAAUCAUCGCUGAGAAGCCCAUUGAGUUCACAAAGAUACCAGAUAUCGAACCAUCGAUGAAUGUUGCUUCUAUCAACGACAAGAUUCCAAAUUCUAAAAACGAUAACAGAUCACCAGUUGCCGGCAACCAUGGUUUGACACGUCUUAGACAGUGGACAUUAAAUGUCAAUGAAGAUGGCAAGGUUUUCGUUGAAUUCGAGCAUAAUGACGGAUGCCAGCAUUCCGUUUGUAUCCAGAGAGGCAGCAAGAGGAUGAACCACUUCGGACUUGAAGAGCAUUGGUUAUUUGCCAGUGACAUGAAGUACGAUGUCUUUGAAUUUGAUGCCAAAAAAGGACUUUACACUGUAGCUGUUAUUAGAAGUUACAUGAAAGCUUCCAGUGAAUUCAAAGUCAAUUUCUACUCCAAAGUCGAUCUCUCCAUUAAGCAAGCUCCAUCUUUGAGUACCGAAAAAGCUCAUUUGUUCUCAAAAGAUGUCAGAUUCGAAACAGGAGAUGGCGCAGGAUUCUUCCCAAUGGAAGACCAAACACCACCGGCCAAACAGUACUAUUUGGUCAUGCCGGAGCCUCAAAUGUUGAUCGGCAACAUAGAAAUCACAAACCAGAAUCCAGAUGGUUUGUACUGUGUUUACAUAGAGAAGAAUGGCGGCAGGAAGCUAACAACAUCGAAUCCAGACCACUUAAGCGAACACGCGAUUGUCAGUGGCCAGACAAUUAAAGAGUGGUUCAAUUUCGAUGUCGAGUGCGAUCCAGAAGUUGGAACUGUUUUGACAUUCGCUGUUACUCGUAAAGGGCCAGGAAAACGUGCAACAAUUUCUGUUAGAUUCUACAGUCAGAAAGCUCUAGCAAUUCUGCCAGCAACAGAGGAUUUGACUGAAGAACAAAUUGCUGAGGCUAUUAAGAGGGCAAGGGAGGAAGAGCAGAUUAUCUCCGCAACUACUUCGCUUAAGAGAAUUCCUAACACUUUAUCGUCGAAGGAUGUAACUAUAGACAAUAGCACUGAAUCUCAGAACCAGACUGGCACUCAAAACGGUACACAGAAUGCUGGUGAUAAAUCAGGCCAAAGCCAGGCAAAUCCAAAUGGCCAGGAGAAUCAGCAGAAGUCAACUUGCUGCCUUCUUUUGUAA